CACCAUCACCAACCGACAACUUUCUCUAACCACGAUUACCCAAAAUGAGCAGAAACAAAGAUACGGUUCACGCAGAUGCGCGUCGCUUCCUCGAUGAGCGCGGUUCUAACGUAUCGGUCGCGCCAAACGGCCUCAAUCCCGCGACCAUCAUGGAAAAGGCCGUCAAGGAUCGGAUCGUCGACUCGUACUUUUAUAAAGAGCAAUGCUUUGCGCUCAACGAAGCGGAUAUAGUCGAUCGUGUCGUAGAGCACGUCAACUUUAUUGGUGGAACAUACGGUGUCACACAAAAGCCCAGUCCAUUCCUGUGUCUUGCGUUCAAGCUAUUGGAACUUUCGCCUAGUGACGCAGUGCUCAUGGAAUACUUGAAAUACGGUGGUGAGGCCUUCAAGUACCUGCGCGCACUUGCGUGCUUCUACUUCCGACUCACGAGACAAGCGAAGGAUGUGUACCAGAUGCUGGAGCCGUUCCUCGAGGAUAGGCGCAAACUUCGACGGAGAGGAAGGGCAGGCGUGGUAUUGACAUUCAUGGACGAAUUUGUGGACGAGCUGUUGACAAAGGAACGAGUAUGCGGUACAAGUCUCUGGAAGAUGCCAAAGCGAGAGGUUCUGGAAGACUUAGAGAUUCUUGAACCAAGGAUCAGUCCCCUUGGCGACCUUGAGGAUCUCCUUGAGGAGGAGGACGAAGCAGAGAAAGAGAACGGAACAAGGGAAGAAUCUGGAGAGAUCUCGGAUGGGGAUGAUAUGGAGGUUGAUCGAGAUGAGAGGAGGAGAACUCAAAGUCGAAGCCGCAGUCCAAGUCGCAGUCGGAGUCGAUCACCUUGAUCAUGCACCUGUUCCAGCACAGUUUCCCAAAGAGCCCAGUCGCAAAAAACCAUAAUGCAUUGGUCACGACCAGACCCCGGGAUCCUCUUGUUGUUUCAAGAGGUUCUCAAUGGUACCACAACAGCAAGGGAACCGAACAGUCUCUUCCAGGGCUACAAGCACUGCAUGCGUAAUUCGAUAUGUGAGCAUUGCCUUUAUUAAUGACAAUAUCUUCAGGUGUUGAAGGUCUAUGUCAAUGGCAGAACAUAUGAAUGGGACUCGAGUUACAGUCAGCUGAUAGAAAGCUACUGGAAAGGAGGGAAUGGAUGCAGCAAGGCUUUUGCAACUUUGUCUCGCUUUUGACCUACGUGCGUAGGGCGCAUGAAUCAAUCACAUAGGGCCACGGCAAACAUACAGCUAGCCGGGCAUCAACGAUACCCACUGAAUGCCACAUAGAAAAAGUGAAGGAGGAACAGGCGAACUCGUUCAGAUAUGUCCAAGA